AUGCCGUUUUGCAACGUGGGCGCGUGCGACAGCGACGAUGGGCGCGCGCCGAAUAGCAGCCGCGGGAUCAAGAUUUUCUACCGGACCUACGGCCAAGGACCCGUCAAAGUUCUCAUGAUCAUCGGUUUGGCUGGGACCCAUGAUUCGUGGGGCCCUCAGAUAAAGGGCCUGGUCAGGACUGUGAAUCCGAACGACGAUAGGUCACCGGACGCCGGGGAUCCGACCGGCGGUGGGGUGGCAGGCGUGGAAGUUUGCGCCUUUGAUAAUCGUGGUAUGGGUCGGAGCUCCGUCCCCACCAAAAAAUCCGAGUAUACGACUAAAAUUAUGGCAGAAGAUGCAAUAGCUGUAAUGGAUCAUUUGGGGUGGGAAAAAGCUCAUGUAUUUGGCCAUUCAAUGGGUGGUAUGAUUGCUUGUAAGCUUGCUUCCAUGGUGCCUGAAAGAGUUUUGUCGUUGGCUUUGUUAAAUGUUACUGGUGGAGGUUAUGAAUGCAUACCAAAGUUGGAUCGUCAAACUUUGUCAAUUGCAAUGCGGUUUCUGAAGGCUAAAACUCCUGAGCAGAGGGCAGCUGUUGAUUUAGAUACUCAUUAUUCACAGGAAUAUCUUGAAGAGUUAGUUGGACAAAAGACGAGAAGAUCGAUUUUAUACCAAGAAUACGUAAAAGGAAUAUCAUCAACUGGCAUGCAAUCGAGUUACGGAUUUGAUGGUCAGGUUAAUGCCUGCUGGACCCAUAAAAUGUCACGAACUGAAAUCGAGUCUAUUCGUGCAGCUGGUUUUCCUGUAUCUGUAAUUCAUGGCAGGCAUGAUGUCAUUGCUCAAAUGUGCCAUGCAAAACGACUUGCAGAGAAAUUGUAUCCUUGUGCAAGAAUGGUCGAGCUUAACGGCGGUCAUCUUGUGAGCCAUGAGAGAACAGAAGAGGUCAAUAGAGCUCUUGUAGAGUUGAUCAGGGCAUCACAAAGUGCGGUGAAAUUACAAGAAUGGACAAAUUUGUCCAAUAAAAGCAGUGGGUCUAAAUCUACUCGGAGAUCAUUAUGGAAAUCAGUCGGUUCAUCCGUUAUUGUCGAAAGUGUACAGAAGCUACAUAUUUUCUUAGUUUACUUAUUCGGCUUUUUUGUGUUCGCAUUCGAGCACUUUAGACGAGGCGUGAGGAGGCUUAAUCCCACACCGCGCAAGGUUUAUCCUCCUCACUUGUCCAGCGAACAGUUGCUUUUCUUCUUGCUGAGCUUUUCCAAAUCGCACUGCGCAGAGAUGGAAGCUUUAGCUUCUGACGUCACAGCUGACGCCCCGAACAAAUGGGAUUUCAGUUGCAACUUAGAGGUAGAUUAUGAUACUGAAGAAAUUGCCCGCAUUGUUUAUGCUGCAUUGGCCGUCGAUAAAGAGUUGCAACCCGAUAAGGUGAAAAGGGAGAUGUCAGUUUCCGGUGGAAAGCUUUCCGUUCGAUUUGAGGCGAUUGAAGCAAGAUUCCUUCGUGCAUCUUACAGUGCAUUUGUGGAUGUUCUUACACUUGCCACAAAGACGAUUGAAGAGUUUGGUAAAGAGAUAAAAUUGUGA